AUGGAUUACGCCUCGUCGCCGGGCAACGUGUCGCAGGAGGACUUCCUUGCGCUCGUGGGAGCUAACGGGUCGUACGGGGCUGGAGGUGGACCUAGCGGUCCUUCCGUACUCGGCGCCAUGUUGAACGACACCCUGGCGGCGGCGGCAGCGGCGGCGGCGGCGGCUUCAGCGACGUCGGCCGGAGCGGGUGGAACGGCCAGCGGGAUGGGCGCAGGGCCCGGCGAAAACCUCACCAUCCUGCACGGGGCCUACCCAAGCGGCUAUACGCUACCGCACAUCAUCGUGGCAUCAAUUAUCGUGACAAUACUGAUGAUCAUCAUCGUCGUCGGCAACAUGCUCGUGAUCAUCGCCAUCGCAACCGAGAAGACGCUCAAGAACAUUCAGAACUGGUUCAUUGCGUCACUCGCAGUGGCCGACUUCUUUCUCGGGCUCGUCAUCAUGCCAUUUUCGCUCGCGAACGAACUGAUGGGGUACUGGAUCUUCGGCAACUGGUGGUGUGACGUGCACUCUGCGAUGGACGUGCUACUCUGCACGUCCUCCAUCAUGAACCUGUGCCUGAUCUCGCUCGAUCGUUAUUGGAGCAUUACGAAGGCGAUCGAGUACCUGAAGUCGCGAACACCAGCCCGGGCUGCCUUCAUGAUUGCCGCCGUCUGGAUCAUGUCCGCGCUCGUCUGUAUCCCGCCGCUGCUCGGUUGGAAAGCGCAACGGCCCGAGGGCCACGUCGAGCUGCCACAGUGUCAGCUGAGCCAAGAUAUUGGCUACGUGCUCUACUCGGCUCUCGGCUCAUUCUACAUACCGAGUUGCAUCAUGGUGUUUGUCUACAUUCGAAUCUACUUCGCAGCGAAAGCCCGUGCCCGACGUGGGAUUCGCAAAAAGCCGUUGAAACCUCCGAGCGAACAGGAUACAAGCUUCACACGGAAUGCCGGCACCGUACCAAUGCCAUCACUUCCUAGUGCCUCUAGCAAUAACAAUCAACAGUCAACGCACCAGCAUCCCGUACAGCUCGGGACGGGAUCCAGCGGUGCGGCUGGCAACAUUAGUGGGACGACGCAGAUUGCGACGAUAGAGCCACCACCUCGGGGGGCCAGCUCGACUGAUGGACCCCCGAUGUCAAUCCCAGUCGUAACCUGCGAUUUUGCCUCGGACAUGUCGACGAGCGAGGCGGCUACAGCCGAGCAGGACAAUCACGGGCCGACCUCUCCAGUUGGAACAACCGCCCCUGGCCUAUCGGCGCAUGAACCUAAGGACACGCUUAAGGUAACGCAGCCCCUGCAGCAGGGUCGUGGCAGCAGUAUCAACGGCAUCUCGGCGGCGAGCAGUUCGGAACCAACCACCUCACCAUCAACCACCGCUCGCAACCGUGCGCUCUCGGUCGGUAUCGACACGGACAUGGUGAGCGAGUUCGAUCCCUCCAGCUCGGACUCCGGCGUCAUCAGUCGAUGUGCGGUAGUGAAACCGCUUAAGUUCCGCCUCUGUCAGCCGAUUUUCGGUAAAGGCAAAGGAAAGACGCGCCAAGUGAAUGCGAAGGCUAGUGUGCACGGUGGAUCAGCCAGCGUGCGAGGCGGUGGCAACUGUACCCAGCCAAUGCUAGGUGGUGGCGGCAACAGCUCGGCAGGUGGUGGUCAACAGGCAAUCUCUCAGUUGAUCGCAGCCAAGCAAACUGACAGCGCUUGUAGUGAACUAGAACCUGCCUUACCACCAAAGCCUAAGCAACGCGAUCCGGAGAAAGAGAAGCGGCGAAUCGCACGCAAGAAGGAGAAGCGUGCCACUCUUAUUCUCGGCCUGAUCAUGGGCAGCUUUAUUGCCUGCUGGCUGCCGUUCUUCUUUCUGUACAUCCUGGUGCCAAUAUGUCCAGACUGCCACAUUCCGGACAGCGCGUUCUCGCUGGCGUUUUGGCUCGGUUACAUGAACUCGGCGCUCAAUCCGGCCAUCUACACCAUCUUCAACAAAGACUUUCGGCGCGCUUUUCGGCGCAUCUUAUUCAAGUGA